ACCGCGUACGCAAUGACGCGUGCGCAAGAAUUAAUAAAUUAAUAUGUAGGUGGCCGCAGAGCAUGCAUGCAGCUAUCCAUUGACCUCAUCAUCAACAAACAAACAAAUAAACGCCAUGUCGUCGAACCGCACCUUCAAGCUCAACUCUGGCCACUCUAUCCCCGCCGUUGGGCUCGGGACAUGGCAGUCCAAGCCGAACGAAGUUGCGAAAGCAGUCAAGGCGGCGCUGAAAGCUGGUUAUCGGCACAUUGACGCAGCCUUCAUCUACGACAAUGAAGCCGAAGUCGGCCAGGGAAUCGCUGCUUCUGGCGUGGAACGCAAGGAAAUCUUCCUCACGGGCAAGCUAUGGAACACGCACCACAAGCCGGAAGACGUAGAAGAGGCAGUCGAGCUCUCUUUGCAGGACCUGGGGACCGACUACCUUGACCUGUACCUUAUUCACUGGCCCGUCUCCUUCCAAAAAGCCGCUUCUCCACGCGACCAUUUUCCCAUCAAUCCCUCCACCGAUGCUAUGCAUGUCAUCGACGUGCCGCUGCGCGACACAUGGAAAGCUCUGGAAGCGCAGGUCAAGAAAGGCAAGAUCCGCAGCAUCGGCGUCAGCAACUUCACACGCGAGAAGGUCGAAGAGGUCCUGCAAACAGCCGAGAUCAAGCCCGCCGUGAACCAAAUUGAGGCACACCCGUACCUUCAGCAACCUGCACUGCUAGAGUGGCAUAAGCAGCAGGGCAUCGUCGUCGCGGCGUACAGCCCGCUCGGAAACAACAUCUACAACCUGCCCCGCGCGGUGGACGAUCCCAAAGUCAUUGAGAUCGCGAAGGAACUGGGCAAGUCACCUGCGCAGGUGCUGAUUCAGUGGGCAGUGCAGAGGGGGACGGUCGUGUUGCCCAAGAGCGUUACGCCGGAACGAAUUGUGUCGAAUUUCCAGGACUUUGAGCUUCCGCAAGAUGCCUUCGAUAAGAUUACCGCGCUGGACCGGAACCACCGGUACAAUUUCCCGAUCAGGCUGGGUGUCAAUAUCUUUGGAGAGCAUGAUGAGGCAACAUUGAAGAAGGGCGUGGAAGACUUUGUAGCCUCGAGGCGGCAGCAGAAGGCUGCGGCGUGAAGUUAGUAGUGGUGUUAAGUCCGUAUCUGUUUCUAGACUACUUCUUCUACAUUUGGCGCUGCACCGUAGUUAUAGGUACGCCUGUC